CCAUAGAACAUGAACACUAAGAGUACGUGCUGAUUGCGCGUUUUUACGCAUUCUGACGUCAUGAUCUGGCAACCUCAGUGGUGAAUCGGGGGAGGCGCUAAGUUCACAGUAGUUUCUGGAAGGAUCCCCAUGCUUGCACCAUGGACAAAGUCUCAGCACUUAAAGACCAGGGCAACAAGGCACUGAGUGCAGGGAAUAUAGACGAGGCAAUAAGGUGCUACACUGAAGCCUUGGCUCUUGACCCAGCAAACCAUGUUCUGUUCAGCAACCGUUCAGCUGCCUAUGCUAAAAAGGGCAACUAUCAGAACGCUCUCCAAGAUGCCUGUCAAACUAUCAAGAUUAAGCCUGAUUGGGGCAAGGGCUAUUCCCGUAAAGCUGCAGCUCAGGAAUUUCUUGGUCGCCUAGAAGAUGCUAGAGUUACUUACCAAGAAGGGCUCCGGCAAGAGCCAAACAAUCAGCAACUGAAGGAAGGUUUACAGAACAUUGAAGCUCGACUUGCUGAGAAGAUGAUGAUGAAUCCUUUUGCCAUGCCGGACCUGUAUAAAAAGCUGGAGAGUGAUCCACGAACCCGGGAGUUACUGUCAGACCCCAGUUACAGAGAACUGCUGGAGCAGCUAAAGAACAAGCCAUCGGAGCUAAGCACAAAGCUGCAAGAUCCAAAUGUAAUGACCACACUCUCCGUUCUGCUGGGUCUAAACCUCUCUGAGAUGGAGGAAGAAGAGGCACCCACCCCACCUCCUCCUCCAAAGCCCAAAGACACUCAGCCACCUCCAUCCAAAGAGGAGGACUUGCCUGAAAACAAAAAAAAGGCCUUGAAAGAAAAAGAACUUGGGAAUGCGGCCUAUAAGAAUAAGGACUUUGAAACAGCGCUGAAACAUUAUGAACAGGCGAUCGAAGAUGACCCCACUAACAUGACGUACAUCACCAACCAAGCAGCCGUGUUCUUCGAAAAGGGAGAGUUUGAGAAGUGCAGAGAACUGUGUGAAAAAGCCAUUCUGGUUGGCAGAGAGAACCGCGAAGACUACUGGCAAAUUGCAAAGGCCUUGGCUAGGAUUGGAAAUUCGUACCUUAAGCAGGAAAACUACAAAGAGGCAGUUCACUACUUCCAGAAGAGUUUGACUGAGCAUCGUACUCCUGAAGUCCUGAAGAAAUGCCAGCAGGCGGAGAAGAUAUUGAAGGAGCAGGAGAAACUUGCUUAUAUUAACCCAGAACUGGCCAUGGAUGAAAAAAACAAGGGAAACGAUGCAUUCCAAAAAGGUGACUACCCCUUGGCCAUGAAACAUUACACUGAGGCUAUCAAGAGAAACCCUGGUGAUGCCAAACUCUUUAGUAACAGGGCUGCCUGCUACACUAAGCUCUUAGAGUUUCAACUCGCCCUCAAGGAUUGUGAUGAGUGCAUCAAACUUGACCCCACCUUUAUCAAAGGCUUUACACGCAAAGGAGCUGUUUUGGAAGCCAUGAAAGAAUAUUCUAAAGCUAUGGACACAUACCAAAAGGCUCAGGAGCUCGACUCUUCCUCAAAGGAAGCCUCAGAAGGUAUGCAGCGUUGUAUGGUCAGUCAUGCCACGAGGGACGACAGCCCAGAGGAGGUAAAGAAACGGGCUAUGGCUGAUCCUGAAGUGCAGCAGAUUAUGAGUGACCCUGCCAUGCGUAUGAUCCUUGAGCAAAUGCAUAAGGAUCCUCAAGCACUCAACGACCACCUAAAGAAUACAGAUAUUGCUCGGAAGAUCCGGAAACUCAUGGACGUCGGACUCAUAGCCAUUCGUUGAUGAAAUGAUCCGUACAUGUAAAAGGGUCUCCCCAGAUCAAAGUGGAACGUCAUGCACAGCCUUCUUGCGUCCUGUUUUUCCUUUCCAUCAAAUUCCAAAAGUCAUAUCGGUUUUUUUGGUCUCACUUUGUCUGUAUGCUGUGUUUUAUUUAGUUUCACAACGUUGGCAAUUUGUUUAAAAAAAGCAUCUGUCUUGUAACGUGUCAAAAUUCCGGACUAUAAAAAUGUUUAUCUAAAAGGAAUACGAACUCACCUGUACACCUGCCUAACUAUAUUAAUAAAUAAAUACGACACCAUAUUAACUAGCUAUGUUCUCAACUCAUGCAAGUUUACAAGCCGUUAUCUUAAAUAAAAUGAAUCAACAAAAUUUGUACACAAAGGUUAGAAUUGUGUUAACGGAGGUAAAAAUUCAAAUGGGCCACUGGGCCUCCAUUAAGAUUGAGAGUUAACUGUAUCGCCUUCGCCGUUUUGUUGUGGCAAGAAGGUAUACGGCGUUUCAUGAUAACGUGCGGAAGGAGCUUAACGAACCGUAACGGUUAACUUCUCAAUGUGAUGGGAUUUGAAAUACUGCUUUUCAGUAUUUGACCUUGUAAACAUCAAAACCCUGCCCUUUUGUGGCUCUAUAAUGUGACAAAUCUGUUUUUAAUGAAAAUAGCAGUUAACUGUUAAAAGGUUGGUCAACUUUGUCAAAAGAAACAGGCCAAAAAAUGUCUCUCUGCCUACUCUCCUUACUUUCUACUAAGAUUUAUAAUUUUUUUUUUUUUUCCCUUUUGUGAUAAUUCAUGAUAAAUGCUUAAAAAAAAAUCCAAGCGCCUUAUAAAUUGUGGUGCAAAAAAUGUCCUCAGUUACACUAACGUCAUUUUAAAAUCACAUUUUGUUUCUUCUUUCGUAACCAUUAAAUAAGUCAUCAGAUGCUGUGCCUCUGCCGCCACAUGGAUAUCGCUCCCGAUAAUGUGGUUUCCAUUUAGAUUUAGAACUAUUAUAAUACAUUGAUGAUUGUGUUUUCCGCUUUACCAACAGAUACAGUCGAUCAGUAAUUCUUCUGUGAAUGGUGUACUGUACUCGGUUUCUGUUAGAAUCAUUUAUGGAUGUAAUAUGUAAAUCAUCAACAACAACAAAAAAAUGCAUCCAAGAAAUGUAAUGAGAAAACGUCUGUACCUCGAAGUACUGCAGUAUCCGAAUGUGCAGUCCAGACAAGGUUGCUGCUUUUUUCCCUCCCCCCGCAAGACCAGUGGUGUUGACAGUGACCAAGUGAAGUUUGUAGAUCAACAUUUCACAAUGUAGGUGCCACCCUAAAAAUGAACACACCAAUAAAUUGUACAGCUGACAA